UCGGAGCACUUCGGAGAGUUGCGUUCCGUUUGGUUCCGUUAGUCGUUACGCUAUUUGUAUACAAUUGUAUGUACUGUGAUAAUGUAACGGAAAUUAAUAGUUAAUUAAUUGAUAUUUUUGACAGAUCAAUGUGGAAAAGCUAAAGAAUAUAAUUAUGGAAGCAUUGAACGAGCAGUUGGAAACUUUGACGAGUCAUGUUUUCGACAACGAUAAGCUGGUUACUUACAAAUGGCUGAGCAAAAUAUUAAAAGUUCACGUCAACACGGCAAAACAAAUCUUGUGGGCAUUUUACGAGAAGUAUCACGAGAGUCACAAUAUCGAAUGCACAUAUUUAUUAAUAGGUCUUCUUAACGACAAUGAGAUGCGUGUCGAGGUUAUCAAAGGAUCGGAUCUACUCAAGGCUCGAGAAAAGUUUCGUACAAUUAUCUCGGAGCAUCUCUAUAGCGUGCACAAACCUCUGGAAGAUUUGGAAUUACUUGCCAGUUCUGAUCCUGGGGACAUAAAUUACAGUGCAAUAAAGUGCGAUGCCUGUAAAGAACGAAGUGACGAGGAAAUGCAGCUCUUACGGUGGGGUACAGUUGCGAGGAAAGCUGUACCAGAAAAUGUGGUAAAUGCAAAUACCACAGAUGUUGCAAAUCGAUUAAAGGUGGAAAAGAACUUGAUAACGAAGAAGAAUAAUGGAGUGAGUACAUUGUUCAGGACAUCUGGAAAAUCAAAAAAUUCUGAAGAAACAAAGCCCACUUUGCAGAAAAAGGACAAAGCUUUAAUUGAAAAAGAUGAAACUUCAAUGCAGGAAGCUAAAGGCUUAGCAGAAAAGCAAGAUGAUUCUCCAGCGAAGGAGGAUAAAAAUUCUACAAAAAAAAGUGAGAAAAGUGAUGAGGUGUCUAAGGAUAAAAGUUCAAAAAAAGUUCAAAACUCAACAGAGAGGAAAAAAAGUUCCACUAAAAAAAUAUCUCCAAAAAACAAGCCUAUGAAGAGUAAGGGUUUGGAUAAUUUCUUCGAAAAGCGUACGUCUCCACCGCAACCCGUAAAGACUGUAUCAUCGGAAAAGAACGACGAUAAGACCAAUACCGAAGUUACUAAAGAAAUAGAAACUAAAGAAGAAAAGAAAGAAUUACGCGGAAAGAAGCGGAAUAGAAGCAAAGACAUCAGUCAAUCUACUAAGAAACGAAAAAGAGUUGUAGUACAGAGCGAUUCCAGUGAUUCAGAGGUACAAAGUGAUGCAGAGAUGGAAGAUGCAGUUCCAGAAUUAGAGGCUGAACCUCUCGUAAGAACAAAGAGUCCUUCUCCUCCAAGGAUGAAGCAUGAGAAUGGCAAAAAGAAAGUGCUAAAGUUAGUCAACAAGGUGUACAAAGAAAACGGAUAUAUCGUGACGAAGAAAGAACAUGUCUAUGUAAGUUGUUCGGAGGACGAAGAAGAGAAGAAGGAAGAGGAAGAAAGAAGAAAGAAGAAAGUGGAAACAAAGACGGAGAAAGUAAAGAAGAAGCAGUCCACAUUGACAGACUUUUUCAAGAAAUCUUAAAAGGUUUUUAUUUCAAGAUUGAGCCUUUAAUAUAUUUGUCAAUAGACAAAUAUUCAUUCGUAUUUCUGAAUUAUAAAAACUUCAAAUUUUCCUCUAUAUAUUUAUUUAUAUUGUACGAUAAAGCCAGUUUAUAAUAUUAACAAGUAAUAUACAUUAUUAGGAUAUAACAAAUAAUAAUUAAUUUUUCUACGAUAGUCUAUAAUAUAACACAGAAACUAUUGUCUUGAAAAUAUUAUUUGUCUGGUUUCAAUGAUGCAAUGGCAGUUAGGCGUUUAUCCAUUGCUCCAUAAUUAAAGAGAGUUGACUUUUAUAUAAUGAUUACCAUAAAAAGAGUUUGUCAAAUUUGUUACACGUACAUUUUCUGCAAUAUGAUGAGUAAUACGAUAUGGAUCACCUGGCCAGCACACUUAUCAGAUAUGCUAUCAGAAUCGGAAUUGUGACUGUAAUACGUAUGUAUCUCCUGAUAUGAGCAAGAAGCGGGAUCGUUCAGUAGUGGUUCGGGCGUGAAGUCACUAUCACAUGAACAAACUACCGAUACAUAUCGCGAUGUUUAACGUCCGUAAUAUUAUUACACUGUUACUAUUAAUUGCGUGCGACAAAUGUUUAUGCGACAUGUGCAAAACUUGCGUAUGUUCCUCAAGUAAGUUCGUAUGAGUAAAAAUUAAGAUUUUUGGAAAAUAAUAAAAUAGAUUACUACUACUAUCA